GGAGCCGCCUGCUGUCGAGGAGCCGCCCAUGCGCGAGGACGCACCUGCUGCCGAGGAUACACUCGGGGUUGAUGCUGCCCCUUCUACCGAUACAGUGCCUGCUGCUGAUGUUGACACCUCUGGCGCUGCUGAUGCCGAAGUUUCCACCGCUGAUUCUCCCCGUGUCGAGGCAACGACCCUUGCCGAUGAAACAUCCACCGCCGAUGCCGCACCUUCAUCGGCCUCCAAACAGUCCAGCAUCCUCCAGUCUUACAAGACACUGCACUACUUUUCGUGGCUCGCCAAGGCCAUUCGCGUUCUCAAGCCGGCACUUUUGCAGCGCGAUUUUGUCGCCACCACAUCCAGCCAUUCGAGCAAGCAGCAUAUGUCGCUGGUGAAGAGCAUUGUCCAAGCGCACUCGCGGCCCUCCUCGGCAGCCCUGUCCAAAUUGAUCUCGACCUCCCUGCGACCCAACCUGCAGCCCUUCCUGGGCGAAAUCAUCUCCUCGCUUGCCACCACGACCAUCAGCUCGGUCCGACACUACCAGGAGGUAGUGGCAAUCCAUGUGCUGCUUAGCUGCCGCUUUGAGGACUACUCCAAGCGCAUCAGCGCAUCUACUUUCCCUCGGAACAGCCAUGCGUCAUUGAUUGCCGUGGUCUUUGGCCUGACGGUCCUCGGGGUGAUCAGCACGCCGGCCGCCUUGAACUCUCUGCUGGAGCCGUGGUGCCAGCAGGGCUCGGUGCCCGACCUGUCCACCAUGCUGAACGGUUCUCAGUCGUCAGCGCAGCUCCCGACACACUUCCAGGACAUGUUGGACAAUAUGACCUCCCUGGUGGCCAUCAACACCCUGGUGCCGAUCUUUUGCCUGGAGCUACCGACCCGGUACCAGUUCCUCGAGGAGGAAGUCUCCCGUGUGCGGGACUUUCUGGCGGAACACCAGACCAUGCCCCCGAGCUUGACUUUGCAGUCCCUGGUCCAGGCCUUCCCUGAGACGUUCAGUCGUUUGGAGCAGGAUCCUUUGCCGGCCGGGGUGGUGAGUUUGGCCGACCUGACCGAGGACUUCCAGGAUCGCCUGUCCACCAUCAUCUCGCCCAGUCUGCAGAAGACCCUGAAGCACUUGCUUCGGGACAUUCACCUCCUGCAGGGCGGCAUCUUCGAGGACGUGCUCCGGUUUCGGGAGCAUGUUUUGAAGAAGGCAGCGCACCACUUUGCCCUGAACCUCAGCCUCUCGCCGGGCAUGAUCGAGAUGGUCCGGGGCCUGAAUGCCACCCUCUCGAAGGUGCUCCGGUACUCGCGUCAGCAAGCCACCUUCGACCCGGAGGCAUACGGCUUGCUCAGGAGCGUGGACAUCACUCGUGCGGCGGAUGACCUGGUGGCCAGCUUGCGGCUGCCGGAAAAUGUCCACCUGCCGGCGGACUUCUCGGACUUUCAUGGCCCGGGAGAUGAGGUGCUGAAGCUGGUGACGGUGCCUCGGGAGGUCGACCAGCCGGAGCAGAGCCUGGGCUGUCCGGUGACUGCGGCGUCGCUGUUGAAUUUGGCCACCCCCCGGCCGGCGGUCGACGUGCUGACCGAGCACUUCCAGCUGUUUGGGCAUUGGAGCAAGAGAUUUGCCGAUGCCCCGAAGGACCGGCCCGAGGGGUGGGUUUUGAAUCGAAUUCUACCGGUGUACCUGCUGGAGCAAGUCCCGGAAUCGAUGGCCAUGCACUUGCACCGGGUCCUGGCCAUGAUGGAAGAGACGCCCGACCGCGCUGCCGAGACGCUGGUCCAAGUGCUGGACCUUCAGGCUCCUGGGACGCGGGCAUUGGCCGCCUUCACAUUGAAUCAGUAUGUGAUGCAUGUCCGCCUGGCGCGCCUCCAGUCGGUGGCACGCUUGGUGUUGGUGACGGCGACGUCCUACCCGGCGUUUGGCCAGGACUUCCUCUACUUCCUGGAGGAGGGCAUUCGCAAGAUGGUGCAGCAGUCCUCGAACGCCCAGUCGACCUACUUCCUCAAUGACAACAUCACAAAGCUUGCCACCAUCCUGGGGCUCCUUUACCACGGAAAGGUGGCCUCCGUCCAGUGUAUUCUGAGCAUGUGCAAUACCAUGGCCGUGCACUUCAAGCCGCCCAGCAUCCUGACCCUGAGGUCGCUGCUGCUGGUGUGCGGGCGCAGCCUCUAUUCGAACCCCCUGUCGCAUGGGGGCUUGGUGGAGACGCUGGACAUCCUCCGGCGCAAGCUUCGCCAGAUGGUGGAUGCGGCCUUCGCCGCGCAUGACAUCGCGGUCAUCACGGCCUACUGCAUGCCCACCGAGCGGGACCUCCUUGCCCAGCAAUUGGAUGUGUCCAACUCGCCCUCGGAGGCCGGGUACAUCAUGCAUUUGCUGUUGAUGGAGCUCCCCAUGGCCGAGAGCCCUCGCGACAUUGCCGCCGAACUUUUGAGGCUGGACUUUUCCCAGGAACAGAAUUACCUCACUCUCCGCGACCUGCUCUCGAGGCCGGUGCUGCACUCGUUCGAUGCGCUGGCCCAAUUGGCCAGCCUGUUCGCCUGCCUGGCGGCGGAUGCCCACCAAGUGCCGCUGAUGCCGCUGCUGCUGGCUGAGGCGCUGGACAACUUGCUGGUUUGGCUGCAAAUCAUCCUGUCGGGGCCGUAUGACUUUGCCGAUGCGCAGCGGCUCCUCUCGGCCGGGGCCUUCCUGGGCGAACUUUUCGCCUUCGGCCUAGUGUCGACAACCGUGCUUUUCGAUGUGCUGACUGCCUGCCUGACCAGCGGCCACAAGAAUGGGUUCCCGAGUCCCGGCUCCGGCGGCCUGGUCGACCCGCCGACCAGCUUCGUUCGGUCGCGCUUGAUUUUCUACACCCUGGGCACUUUCACCGACUUGCUGAUGGUCGAGCCGGUCCGCUCCCAUAUGUUGGUGUUCCUGCCGUUGUUCAUGGCAUACUUCUCCUCGAAGACGCCCCUCCCGGUGGAGGUGCGCAUUGCCCUGGAUGAAUAUCUCUUGCAUCUGGAGCAGCAUGGCGUCAAUGUGGCGGAUCUCUUCCCGGAUGGCCAGCCACCGCUCUACGAUUAUGAUGUGUGCUUGGAGCGGCUGAUGGUGCUGCGCAUGGGCGCGCCGGAGGAUCUGGCCCAGCCGAUUGACUGGAGCCAUGUCACAUCGCAGGCGCUCCGGCGGAUGUGGUCCAAUGCUCCGAGCCCGUGUGGUGCCGCGUCCGAGCCCGGGCUUGCGGUGACCCUGGCCACGGUGCCGGCCACCUCUUCGAAGCCGGCCGACAGGGCCCAGGCUUCCCCAGCCCCAAUGCAGGCUCCGGCCCCUACUCCGGCCCCUACUCCGGCCCCUACUCCGGCCCCUACUCCGGCCCCUACUCCGGCCCCUACUCCGGCCCCUACUCCGGCCCCUACUCCGGCCCCAACUCCGGCCCCUGCUCCGGCUCCGGCUCCGGCUCCGGCCCCGGCUCCGGUCCCCGCUCCAGCUUCAGCUCCGACCUCCACGAGCAUCCUCCAUCCGGCAGCCAGCACCUCGUCCGUGUAUCACCUGCGCUCGCGCCCGGAGGAGCACGAAGAUUAUGCCUUCCCCUGUGACGAGGGGUGUACCUGUCGGGAGGAUUCGCGUGUGCCCCGGUACGAGAUGGUCCGCCUGUGGAGUCGGGCCGUUCGGCGAAUGGACAUCAAGCCGACGACCGACCUGGGCUACCUGCCGCGGGGGGCCCCCUUCGAGCCGGCUCCCGGGCCAUCGUAUGGCGGCCAGGUGGGCUGCUGGUACUUGCACCCGGUGCUGGGGAUGAACCUGCUGGAUGAGGAGUUUGCCACGACCUCCACCGAGGUGGAGGGCGAUGACUGGGAGGACUCGCGGCAUCAGCCGGCGGACCUCCGAUGGCUGAGCCCCUCGCUGCGGUACCUGCACCAUCGCCGGGAUGUCGGCGAGUUGGCUGUCCUGCCGGACAGCCUGGAGCACGACCUGCGCAUGGAUACCCCCCUCGACCGGGGCCCGGAGGGCACCUCGGGCGGCCUGACCCCGGAGUACCUGCCUUUCAUCCACUACUUCCGGGACCGGCGUCUUCGCCGAGCCGGGGCCGUGGACGAAGCCACUGCCCUGCGCCGGGACGCCGGCCCGGGGCCCGGCAGCACGGUGGCCGACCCGACGCCCGGCUUGGCGGAUGCUCCUGGACCGGGCCCGGGGCCGGCCUCCGCGGUGGUUCCUGCGCCGGCGGUGCCGGCGGCGGCCCUCCAGCCGAUGUUGACCAUGCGCGCCGGCGAGUUGGACAUCGAUUUCGAAGAUGAGGCCGAUGGCCACAUCGACGAGAGUGACUGGUCUUCCGAGGGGUCCGACGAGGAGGAGCCGGCCCGGGCGCCGGGCUUCCGGCUGGCGGUGGCCCCGGCACGGGUUGCGGCUGCCGUGCGGCCGGUCGCCGUGGAGUCGGCCCAUGGCCCGAUGUACCAUUUGCCGUUGCCGGAGCCCACCCGGUCGCCGAGCGAGCAGCCGCUUCAGAUCACCGGCCGAGGGUCGGACAUGACCGACGAGGAUCUUGGUCGGCUGUUGGAGUCCCGGCUGACCGGGCUGCUGGUGGAUGGCGGGGCGGCGGCCGCCGACUGGAAGGCCCCCACGCGUCGUGCCAAUGAGGUGGCUCCGGCGCUGUCGGGUGCGCGCUCGGGGCCCGCCACCGAUGAGCAGGAGUAUGUGCCCCUGAGCAAGAGUGCCGGACAUUGGUUCCCGACGCGGGGGGAUGCCCAUGCCUCGACCCCGGGCGGCCGAGUGCCCGGGCCGGAUGGCAACAUUCGCAUCAAUUUGGUGUUGCGUGGGCGGCCGCCCACUCGGGGCCCGGUGAUUCAGGUGGGUGCCGAGUCGGACCUCUUCCAGCAGCAGCAGCAGCAGGCCCAGCAGCAGGCCCAGCAGCAGGCCCACUGCCCGACCGGGAUGGACCAGGAGACCUCACGACAGGCGGCCCUCGAGUAUACCCGCAAGUAUAUCCACAUCCGGUCGGGCAAGAUCCCCCCGGCCCCGGGCUCGGAGCCCGAGGGCGAUGGAUAG